AUGAAUGUUCUUGUACUGGAUGUUUUACAUGCCAAGUCAACAAAGCCGUUUGGUAGAGUGGAAAUUCAUGAUAUAGUGGAGAUAAAUGGCGCUAAUCCAAUUGAGAGGUAUGUUUUAAUCUUAGAUCAGUUAUCAGCCAGGAUAUAACAUCUUACCAUAUUACUGAAAUCUCGUCAUCUUCGACUUCAUGAUGCGAGGCUUAAUAAAAAGGCACCUUGCAUUAUACAGAUUGUAAUAUUGCCACUUCAGAAUGAGUGAAGUUAUUCAUUUUAUAGCAGAAACUAUCCUAAUUGAUGCACUUACUGUAGUUUAAAUAUUCGUAUAUUAAUUGAACAAAUGGCAACUUAUACUAUAAAUAUCCUUUACAGUAUACUAGGAUUCAAUGUCAACGAACUGAACAACAUGCAUGCACAGAGCUCGCUAGCCUGUGCAGUCUUGAUGUCCUCCUGUUCCUCUACCUUAUAGUAAAACUAAUAGGUUAGAUUCGUCUCAGAGUAUAUGUGUAUCCUCAACUAUUUAUUUAUUUCAGUUCAUUUCUUUAAUGUGCUAGUUACAAGUACAUAAGUUAAAUAUUGCAUGGACGGGCUACGUAUUAGUUUUAGCAUGCAGAUUUUGGACUGUGGGUAGUGGGCGGAUUUUUAAAAUCUCAAAUAGAGGUUUUAUACCUUUUUAAUAAUAUGAUCAGCGAUUUGGAUGCACUCUCUGAGAUCUCGCGAAUGACCAUUGUGCACAUUCACGUGAAGGAGCAAACACAUUCACGUGAAGGAGCAAACACAUUCACGUGAAGGAGCAAACACAUUCACGUGAAGGAGCAACCACAUUCACGUGAAGGAGCAAACACAUUCACGUGAAGGAGCAAACACAUUCACGUGAAGGAGCAAACACAUUCACGUGAAGGAGCAAGCACAUUCACGUGAAGGAGCAACCACAUUCACGUGAAGGAGCAAACACAUUCACGUGAAGGAGCAACCACAUUCACGUGAAGGAGCAAACACAUUAACGUGAAGGAGCAAACACAUUCAGGUGAAGGAGCAACCACAUUCACGUGAAGGAGCAAACACAUUCACGUGAAGGAGCAACCACAUUCACGUGAAGGAGCAAACACAUUAACGUGAAGGAGCAAACACAUUCAGGUGAAGGAGCACGAUUGGUUGGCACGAAAUUUGUAUUGGUUUAUCACGUGCUAAAUUUGACAAAUUUCAAUUUCUUUUUGAUAUUUUACAAUUGUUACCAUGACAAAAAAAUCUAGGCUACGUCACUGCCUUGUUUUAUCGUCGCACCUUGUCCGAGCUGAAUUUAGUUCAUGCAGGAAUUAUACAAUCUACAUAAACCUCACAGCAAAUACAGUCUUGGACAUAUUACUGUAUUAACUACAAAUUAUAGCUUUGCAUAUAGUUUGAAUAUUUGAUUUUAGCCUGUUUUGUUGCCAUGGUUUUCUUUUCCAUAAUAUUCACACUCUAUACUCUCACAUUCACUGUCUCAGUCUAUAUGAUAUACUAUUCUAUCAUACUAUCUAUGGUCUCUAUGAUAUACUAUCUAUGGUCUCUAUGAUAAGUAUACUAUUCUAUCAUAUACCAUCUAUGGUCUCUAUGAUAUACUAUUCUAUCAUAUACCAUCUAUGGUCUCUAUGAUAUACUAUCUAUCAUAUACUAUCUAUGGUCUCUAUGAUAUACUAUCUAUAUGGUCUCUAUGAUAUACUAUCUAUGGUCUCUAUGAUAUACUAAUCUAUGGUCUCUAUGAUAUACUAUCUAUGGUCUCUAUGAUGUACUAUUCUAUCAUAUACUAUCUAUGGUCUCUAUGAUAUACUAUUCUAUCAUAUACUAUCUAUGGUCUCUAUGCUAUACUAUCUAUGGUCUCUAUGAUAUACUAUUCUAUCAUAUACUAUCUAUGGUCUCUAUGGUAUACUAUCUAUGGUCUCUAUCAUAUACUAUUCUAUCAUAUACUAUCUAUGGUCUCUAUGGUAUACUAUCUAUGGUCUCUAUCAUAUACUAUUCUAUCAUAUACUAUCUAUGGGCUCUAUGAUAUACUAAUCUAUGGUCUCUAUGAUAUACUAAUCUUUGGUCUCUAUGAUAUACUAGUCUAUGGCCUCUAUGAUAUACAAACAUUUCUGUAUAUGGCGAUGUGGGUAAUUUGAAUGGAUGCAUUUUAUUCCAAUGCUUUAUCCCAUGUAGAUGGUAUCCAGUAACGUCUCGUUCUGUACAACCAGUGAUAUUUGCAGAUCUUCAUGUUGUUCUCAAGUAUGGGAAGUCUGUUGACGGUAGGUAUGGGAAGUCUCAGAUUGGAAAUUGUAGGGAUGGCGGUAUAGCGGUAAACCUCAGCAGUACACAUUGUAUAAAAUCAAUCAUGGUAUAUGAUUUGGCUGCCUAUUGUGUUAUGUUGACAACAGAGUUAUAAAAUGAACUUCAUAUAUGUAAACUGAAGUAAAAAACAAAUUCUGAAAAGACAAGACAUCUUGAGAAUACAAUAUAUGAUUCAAUACAAUAUAUGAUUCAAAACUGGUCACAAACACACACAUGGUUGUAACAGAAGAGUUUUUCAAUAUAAUUAUAGAAAGAUUUGUUUUCAAUAUAACGCGACCGCGCGUGUUGUAAACUUUACUUACGUACACAUUUAAAUUAGUUGAUUUUCCAUGUUUGCAUAUGUUCUUUGUAAUGUGUGUUGGUAUAAUACGAUAUUCAUAUAAUCAUAUUUUAUUUAGUUACUGAAUUACCGACAAUUGUUCCUGUUAUUGAUAGUGGUUUUAGACAUCCUAUUGGCAAUCAUCCAGAAAAACAAGAAGUAAGCAAAAUACCAGUGGUGUCAAGUAACGAAGUAAAUGUACUUCGUUACUGUACUUAAGUACAAUUUUUGAGAAGUCAGCAUGUAACAAAGUAAACUUUUUCUGCAGUACUUUUACUUUGAACGAAGUCGUUUUAAGAAGUAGCGUUUUACUUCGUUAUUUUCAUUUUGUGGCGAAGUAUUUCGUUACUUACUAACUUUUGUUUAAUUUUAAGUGAUAAUAUUUCUGAUUUAUUUUAAUAUUUGGAUUGGUAAUACGACCUCUACAUGCGUCUGGGAUCUCUCGUUUGUGGCUUACUUAGAAGCAUUAUUUAUGUAAUGGAUUUCUUACAUCUUCAAUGGGGUUUGGAAAGUAAACCAUGCCGUGUUUACUUAGAAGCAUUAUUUAUUUAAUGGAUUUCUUAUAUCUUCAACGGGGUCUGGAAAGUAAACCAUGCCGUGUUUACUUAGAAGCAUUAUUUAUUUAAUGGAUUUCUUACAUCUUCAACGGGGUCUGGAAAGUAAACCAUGCCGUGUUUACUUAGAAGCAUUAUUUAUUUAAUGGAUUUCUUACAUCUUCAAUGGGGUUUGGAAAGUAAACCAUGCCGUGAAAUAUUGUAUAUUCGGUGCACGCAUAUAAUGCGUGUGCUGUUUUGUGUCUUUUGUAUGUCAAUCCAUUGGAGAAGCCUCCCCCCACGCUACAGACAAUAGUACUUUUACUUUGUACUUCAAGUAUUUUUUAAGGAUACUUUGUACUUUUUACUUAAGUACGUUUUCCUUCCAGUACUUUUUACUCUUACUUAAGUCGUUUUAUUGUUAAUUACUUCUACUUUUACUCGAGUACAAAUUCAAAGUAAUUUAGGCGCCACUGCAAAGUACCCGUCACAAAAUUCUCUCUUAGUUGAUAUUUAUUUUUGAAAUUUCCGUAUGAUUGCUAGACAGUAAUAUUUGAAAUGGAGAAAUUUUAUUGCGAGAAAAACCUUCGCCGCUUAUUUUACGUUAAACAUUGUUGACUAUUCAAUAACAACAUUUAAAGUCUUUUUUACUAGGGGUGCACCGGAACUCGGUUCCGUCCGGUUAGUUCCGGCCGGAACCCCGAUUUUCCAGAGUUCCGGUUCCGGCCAGAACUAAUAAAAAUAGCAUGGCCGGAACCGGAACUCUGUCGUUUUCAGAGAGAUAGAAUAUCAAACGUUUUUGUGUCUAACAAAAGUUCACAGUAGGAAGAAAUUUGGACUACGCUAUGACGUUUAACGUUUGUCAAUCUUUUUAUUCUAACAUUUGCGAGCUCUACUUGAAGUGUCUGCCUGUCUGGCAGCGGACAAAGUAACAUAUGACUAUAUAUGGCUUGAUAACUCAUAAAACUUUUUUCCAGUUCCGGUCGGAUCCGGUUCCAGCCGGAACUUAAAAAAUUGGUUCCGGUGCACCCCUAUUUUUUACAGGUUGAUUGUUUCGCUAUUAUAAGCUGGUAAAAUGCCAGAAAAAUUGCUUCGUAUGAGAUUCAAAACAACUUUGUUAGAUUUAGAAACAUAAACACGUGAAUCUUUCGCAGCAAAAGGAAUUUUAGAGAACAUGUAAUGAAUUUAAAUUGACCUUUGCAUACGAACAUGGGUUUCUUUCUUGGGUAUCGAAGUCCUGGAACUGAAUGAAAUCAUACAUGUCCAACACAACACCGCAGUAAAACGUCCGCGGGUAUUUACUGCUGUCCAAAAGACUGGAAAUAGUAGUGAACGAAGCUCUAGCGAAAAGUUUAAAGAGAAUUACGAGGGUUUAAACUCAGUAUAACUUCGUCUUGACACAAGGAAAAAGCGGUGAAAUUCCCUACCUUAUAGCUUCAGCCGUUUCCGUACAAUAAACGUGUUUCUUUCCCCAUAUUUACUCCUAUUAUUUUGACACUUUUCCCACCAUUUCUGUAUACUCGCGCAUGCACUUUACGUUUGACCGCGGGUGUAGGCCGCCAACACUCCACCCAAAACGUUAUUUAAAAAGGUCACAUGCAGAUGCAAUAUGCAAAGGGUAAAGAAGUUGCUUAAAACUGUAGUUGAAUAUACGCUAUAGCUGCAAUUUAACUAGCAGGUGUAUGGCGAUCGGAACUUAUUGCAUUUAAUUAAGAGUUGGUAGCGUGUUUAACACGUCAUAUUUUUUCUCUUCUAGCCUGAGGACAUCAAAGACAAAACUAACGAAUCUGGCGAUAUGCAAAGGAAUGGAGGUACAAUAAACUAGAAAGUAGAUGUCUAGGAGCUCUGUUUUCGUUUGGAGAAACUAAAUGUCUGGUUAAAAAUAAAAAUGUAUUUUACACAGCAACCUCGCUUUUAUUUAUUCUAUAUACAAAACGUUUUGUCACUAAAUCCUUUUUUCACAUCCUCACUAAACCUCGUGCAUCCUCACAUUACUUCAUGCAUCCUCACACCACGUGAUGCAUCCUCACACCACCUCAUGUAUCCACACACCAUCACACACGGUCACACCACAUGCAUUCUCACACCACCUCAUGCAUCCUCACACCACCUGAUGCAUCCUCACACCACCUCAUCCUCACACCAUCACACACGGUCACACUACAUGCAUUCUCACACCACCUCGUGCAUCCUCACACCACCUCGUGUAUCCACACACCACCGCACACGGUCACACCACAUGCAUUCUCACACCACCUCGUGCAUCCUCACACCACCUCAUGUAUCCACACACCACCUCGUGUAUCCACACACCACCGCACACGGUCACACCACAUGCAUUCUCACACCACCUCAUGCAUCCUCACAUCACCUCGUGCAUUUUCACACCACCUCGCGUAUAUGCAUCCUCACACCACCUCGUGCAUUCUCACAUCACCUCAUGCAUCCUAACACCACCUCAUAUAUCCACACAACACCUCAUGCAUCCUAACACCACCUAUGUUGCACUUUUAAUGGAUGGGAUGUAUAUUGUACAUGAUUUUUUUUUCUCAAUUUUUCUAUUAUCAAAUUUUAAGAAACUUUCUACUAGAACUAUUUUGAGCUGCCGCACUUUUUAAUGUUCAAGAUGUGAACGAUGAUGAUGUGAUCAUUUCAUUGAUCAAAAGAGGAGAAACUCUGAGAAAUUCCAUCAUUGAGUCAACUGCUGGUCUUGAAGUCAAGGAAGAGAAUAGUGAUCUGAUGGAACAAGAAGAGGAAAGGUACAAUUAAUGUCGUACCUAGGUCUUUUUUCUUUCAUACUUUGGUGCCACGACCGUUGCACCAGAGCGUGAAAGAGUAAAGACCCUGGGUACGAGGUUGCAUUCCUUAACAAUAUUGCUGGUGAGUAUGAAAAUCUUUUCUUUUUAUUGUUGUUUUAGGUUGAGCAAGCAACAUACUGAAAAUAAAUUACUAGCCUAUUCUGCAUUACAUGUAUAUGCAUAAGUAGUUACAUUUUCUUCCCGUUAAAUAUCUAACAAACCUCAUUUUAAAUACCCUAAUGCAAAACGAUGUUGACGGGCACGAGAACUGAUGGUUUUGAUAUUAUUUUUAAUUUCCUAUAACAGUACAUGUACGACUCGCCAUAUUUUAAUCUGUAUGUUAUCGCUAAUACGAUCAAGUUGUGCAUUAACCGUUUACCUAUGCCAACAUGACUCUGAAUAAACAGAUCUGGUAUUUAAAUAGUCUUCUCGUGACGUCAAAAAUAAAAGUAAAAGAAUUGGCAGCAAGUAAGGAAAUAAAUCAGUUUGUAUGUUUUACCUACCUGAUCUGAUGUAUGUUUUCUAGGAGUGUUACUGGCAGUUUAUUCAAGGGAAUCCUUGAGUUCCAUGAAGAAGGAGAUACUACUUUAGCCAAACCAGACAUCAGUUUUGCCGCAUGCGAGGAUGAUAUUGAAUUAUUGUGUGAGUCUAGGAGUAGCAUUGGAAGCGAGUCUGAUGAUCCGAUACAUGAUGAAACGUUACUACAAGACUUGUUUUAUGCGAAUAAGGUUUGUUCACUUUUUUCUUCCUCUUAACCAGAGCAAGACACACCUGCCCAAGAUGACGAUAUACUGUCAUGAAACUGAUUGAUUGCAUCAUUGAUGAGCUGAUUGAUUGCAUUGUGCUCACAUCCAGACAAACGAUACAGGCUGGCGACUGCUAGCAGAUGUAUAUGAUACGAUUGCUACUGAAACGCCGGAACCCAGAAAGUCACUAUUUCCAGCUGCUGAUAUUAGGAAAUGCUGUAUUAUUUAACUACCAGCACAACAUCAGCAUCUGUCAACCUCAGCCUGCCUAGUCAAGUAUCAUUUUUUCCAAAUCUUGUAUCAUUGGUUUGUUUUAUGGUGUUCAUGUUGAGCAGAGUGUUCUAUAUUAAACCUUCCUCACUGACCUCACAUAUGGUAAACCUUCCUCACUGACCUCACAUAUCGUAAACUUUCCUCACUGACCUCACAUAUGAUAAACUUUCCUCACUGGCCUCACAUAUCGUAAACUUUCCUCACUGACCUCACAUAUCGUAAACUUUCCUCACUGACCUCACAUAUGAUAAACUUUCCUCACUGACCUCACAUAUGAUAAACUUUCCUCACUGACCUCACAUAUCGUAAACUUUCCUCACUGACCUCACAUAUCGUAAACUUUCCUCACUGACCUCACAUAUCGUAAACUUUCCUCACUGGCCUCACGUAUGGUAAACUUUCCUCACUGGCCUCACAUCGUAAACUUUCCUCACUGGCCUCACAUCGUAAACUUUCCUCACUGACCUCACAUAUGGUAAACUUUCCUCACUGACCUCACAUAUCGUAAACUUUCCUCACUGGCCUCACAUAUGGUAAACUUUCCUCACUGACCUCACAUAUGGUAAACUUUCCUCACUGACCUCACAUAUGGUAAACUUUCCUCACUGGCCUCACAUAUGGUAAACCUUCCUCACUGGCCUCACAUAUGGUAAACUUUCCUCACUGACCUCACAUAUGGUAAACUUUCCUCACUGACCUCACAUAUGGUAAACUUUCCUCACUGGCCUCACAUAUGGUAAACUUUCCUCACUGACCUCACAUCGUAAACUUUCCUCACUGGCCUCACAUAUGGUAAACUUUCCUCACUGACCUCACAUAUCGUAAACUUUCCUCACUGGCCUCACAUAUGGUAAACCUUCCUCACUGACCUCACAUAUGAUAAACUUUCCUCACUGACCUCACAUAUGGUAAACUUUCCUCACUGACCUUACAUAUCGUAAACUUUCCUCACUGGCCUCACAUAUGGUAAACCUUCCUCACUGGCCUCACAUCGUAAACUUUCCUCACUGGCCUCACAUAUCGUAAACUUUCCUCACUGACCUCACAUAUGAUAAACCUUCCUCACUGACCUCACAUAUGAUAAACUUUCCUCACUGACCUCACAUAUGAUAAACUUUCCUCACUGACCUCACAUCGUAAACUUUCCUCACUGGCCUCACAUAUCGUAAACUUUCCUCACUGACCUCACAUAUGAUAAACCUUCCUCACUGACCUCACAUAUGGUAAACUUUCCUCACUGACCUCGCAUAUGAUAAACUUUCCUCACUGACCUCACAUAUGAUAAACCUUCCUCACUGACCUCACAUAUGGUAAACUUUCCUCACUGACCUCACAUAUGGUAAACUUUCCUCACUGACCUCACAUAUGAUAAACCUUCCUCACUGGCCUCACAUAUGAUAAACCUUCCUCACUGACUUCACAUAUGAUAAACCUUCCUCACUGAUCUCACUUAUGGUAAACUUUCCUCACUGACCUCACAUAUGAUAAACCUUCCUCACUGGCCUCACAUAUGAUGAACCUUCCUCACUGGCCUCACAUAUGAUAAACUGGCCUCACAUAUGAUAAACUGGCCUCACAUAUGAUAAACUGGCCUCACAUAUGAUAAACUGGCCUCACAUAUGAUAAACUUUCCUCACUGGCCUCACAUAAUGUAUGUAAACUUUCCUCACUGGCCUCACAUAUGAUAAACUGGCCUCACAUAUGAUAAACUUUCCUCACUGGCCUCACAUAAUGUAUGUAAACUUUCCUCACUGACCUCACAUAUGAUAAACUUUCCUCACUGACCUCACAUAUGGUAAACCUUCCUCACUGACCUCACAUAUGAUAAACUUUCCUCACUGACCUUACAUUUCGUAAACUUUUCUCACUGACCACACAUAUCGUAAACCUUCCUCACUGGCCUCACAAAUGGCAAACUUUCCUCACUGGCCUCGCAUGUCGUAAACUUUCCUUACUGGCCUCACACAUCGUAAACUUUUCUCACUGGCCCCACUUAUGGUAAACUUUUCUCACUGGCCCCACUUAUGGUAAACUUUUCUCACUGGCCCCACAUAUGGUAAACUUUCCUCACGGGUGGUACCCGUAUACCCGCAGCUUUUUUGCACUCUGCAUUUGUGCACCAUAGUGGAUCGUAGCUCUCCAUGAAAAUGCCGAAUGAACUCGGAUUGAUACAGUAUUAAAUAAAACACAGCACUCUCGUAACUUUGUUUUCAGGAAUCCUCUACGUUUAACGAAUCAAGGCAGAGUGUUCAUGUAGAGAUAAAGGAAAAUGAACCAUUUAACGACAAAGAUGAAAAUAAUACGCUUGAGGUACAAAGUACUUGAAAAUAUAUAUCUGGUGAAUCCAUGUGUCUGUUUUAAUAAAUGUAACAUCUUGCACGUAUAUUUUAAAAUCGUUGAUGUGUUUGCUAUUCACAGAUAGCCAUGGCGUAACUGUAUUAAAACAUUUAAUGGUUGUAACCGUAAUGAGUUGUAUGAUGUAUUCUCCAACAAUAACCUACACUUUUCUUGUAUGAGCCAGAUACUUGUGUUCGAUUAGAGCGAGGGUGUGUAGGUUUACUAAGGGUGUCAGGUGACUCGAAGAACAUUUGAAGGGCAGUUCUAUAGAUUUUCUUUGUCUUGUGAUCCAUGAACUGAUUUUUAUACAUUACACCAUAAAUCAUUUUUUUCUGUGUUGUUGACCGCGUAGCUCAGUUGGCAGAGCAUUGGGCUAGUAUUCCAAAGGUCGUAAGUUCGAUUCCCGCCGUGGCCGGGCAUAUUUUUCAAGCUCGUCCGGUGUGGAUAUACACUCAGAGUAACAUCACAAACACCAUAAAUCAUUGUAAUUUCUCGUAUUUCUUAUUAGAGAAAGCCAAGUCCUACUGUUGAGACCCAAUCUCAGGGAUCUGCUGUGGAG